GUUUUAUUUAAGCAAAAUAAAAAUUGAGAUUAUUAAAAAUAAAUAUCUGGAAACAGCGUGUCCCGAGGGCUUGCAAAUGCGAAGCGUGUAACGUGUUCGAGAGAAACCCAAGUCUCCUUAUCCGAACCCAUUUCAACAACCGACUUAAAUGAGAUGAUUCCUUUUCCGUUUUGGAUUAAACAAAAAGCUAGCAUAUAAACAGUUAGCCCGUCACCUCUCAGCCUCAGAGCAGAGGCAAAGACAAACAGGCGUUUUUGGCUAGCUAUCUCCCAGGAUGACGAGAAGAAAGAUUGAAAUAAAAAAAAUAGAAAACGAAGAUUACCGAAAAGUGACCUUUUCAAAGCGACGAGCUGGUCUUAUAAAGAAGGCCAAAUUUCUUUGCAGCGGGUCCAAUGCACAGAUUGCUAUAGUCUCCUACUCCUUGUCGGGUAGGCUCUUUACGUUCGGCCACCCUUCUGUGGAUUCGGUCGUCGACCCAUUUCUUGACAACUACACCACUGAUAGCUGCGGCAGCAGCUCCAAUGAAUCUCCUCAUGUCAGCACACAUGGGCCAUCGCCGCCGUCUAGGGGGAUGGUAGAUGGGAAAGAAGGGCGGCCUUCGUGGUGGGCAUUGCCAGUUGAGGAAAUGGAUUUGGAUAUGGAUGGGCUUCGGCAAUACAAGGCUUCUUUAGAAAUUCUCAAAAGCAAUGUGGCUAGUCGAUUAAAAGAGAUGGAGGAGAGAGCAUCUCUCACAAGAGAUUUUGUAGGGUUUCUUGAUGCUCAUUGAUUUUCUUAUGAUUCUUUUUAUAGUUACUGAAAAACACACAGGAUUUUUGGGGGUUUUUCUUUCUUUUAAGAGUUAGCUGUUAGUGCAGGAUGAGGAUUUUUCUUUCUAUUUGAAUAUUUAUAUUCGUGAAAUAAUCAAUCCAGGAUCUUUAUUACUUUUA